AAAAUACAAAAAAAUAAUCAUUUUGUUUAUGAAUUCGAAACUGGGAAAGGAAUAGCAGAAAGGACAUUUUGUCGAAAAAUGGCAACAGUAAUAAAGUCGAAGAUGAAAAUGAAGGUGGAGUCUGCGGUGUUGGCCGACAAAAAGAUAAAUAAGAAUCCAGCAUUCAAUGUGAUGGAAUGUAAACCUUCGCCUGUGGCGUCACGCACUCGUCAGCGAUGUAAAACCAAAAAUGAUAUGGAAAAAGAGCAGUUACCGCCACCAGAGUUGAAACCAGAACCACAGUAUACAUUUGAAAUGUUACAUGAAGAUGACCCCACCGAUGAAGAAGAAUCCGACGAUGAAAUAACAUUGCCUACACAGAGACCGCCACCACCGUCCUGGAGUUUAGCUCGCGCACGUGAACCAUAUGUUUUGAAACAGGAGUACACCCCAACGGAUUAUGUUGAUUCCUUUUUCUCAGUCGAGCCUAUGACGCCUGACCUAAGAAUUAUGUUUCCCAACAUCCAUGCUCGUUAUUUAAAACGAAGAUCCAGUGCCUUUUGGUCAACGCCACCCCGUUAUUCAGAGUUGCCUAGAUAUUAAUAUAUUUGAAUUUUUAGCACUAUAGAUAAUUUUUUUUUAAUUAUAUCAAUUUUUAUUAUUUAAUAAUUCUAAGUUUAUUUUUAAUCAUUGUGUACCUAGAUUUCACAAAUUUUUAAAUAUAUGCUUUUCUUUUUUUAAUUACAAA